CAGUGACCCGCCCGCUAAUGUCAGUAUAGUGUCUCCAAAUGGCACAGCAUUGCAUUCUACACGUGGAGGCAAUCAGCUGCGAUAUAGAAAGAUCAGUUCAUGCUUGGAGGACAUCGGCAAUUUCACGUGUAUUUCUGAAAAUAAGCAUAACGCCGGAUUGCCCGAGAGCAGAAAUCUUACAGUUGAUGUCGGGUGUUCGCCGAGAUACCGACCUAAUUACCUACCAGAGACGGUUGUCAAAUCAACAGUUGGAAAACAGACGACGCUUUAUUUCAGUAUAUUUUCAAAUCCUUCCCAAACGUGUAAUAUGGACAAAUCUUUCAAACAACAUGCAACUUCCUAUUAACACAAAUGAAUCGGAUAGAGUUUGUAUUACAACAAGUGAUGACAUGCUGUCAUCCGUGGUUGUUAUCAAAAGUACAGAGCCAUGGGACUUUGGGAAUUACUCUGUGCGUGUAGAAAACGAAAUUGGAAGCAAGACUGAAACGUUAAGCAUUGUUUCAGACGAUCUUCACGUCAAGAACGACAAUACACAGCAUUAUGAAAACGGUACGAAGAAUUAACAACAUUAGAACGACACACGGGCGAAAAGGCGUAUUCUGAUCUUGAUUUUCAACAGAGAAAGGACAAAAACAAUCAGAAAAAAAUGUCAGCUGAAGGCGAAACGUAUGUAAACCUUAAACUGGACACAGGACGAAUUCAAAUAUCUUCAACGUGACCCAGAGGUUUACUGUUUCUAUGACGAUUGCAAACAUGAUUUUUGUUGUUGUUUUUACUUGGAUGUUGUGCUCUAUAAACUAAGUAUGUAUUGUACAAUAUAUCAGUAUCACUCUGAUAACACAUUGACUCAGCCUUCUCAAUGUCAGACAAAUGAUUGACUGAUUGACUCAACCUU